CAGUCGCCUUUAGCGGGCGUUCAGCCGCUCGUACUGCGCGUAGUAUAGAGGCUUGUUGUGUCUACGUAGAGGCAACAGAAAUUCGAGUAAAGUUGAGCGGGAAUAAUCGGCCGGCGAACGGCAAGCGCGCUGGGGGUCUUUUGCCCAUCCGUUUAACACUUUUUAUACGAAAACCGCGAUGUGCCAACUAAUAACUGGUAAACAGUGAAUUGGUGCGAAAACACGAUUUUAAACUCGAUAAAACAACGAACACAACGAUGGCUGCGAAAAUCGGUUUCAGGAGUGUUAUAUUUUUGUGCAUACUAUACUGUGUCACCAGUUUCAACUUGGAACCGCGGAUUCCUGUGAUAAAGUUCGGCGAGCCUGGCUCUUAUUUUGGAUUUUCCGUGGCUGAACAUCUCACUAUUGGUAGUAACGGCGAAAAUAUUAGCUGGCUUCUUGUGGGGGCUCCUCUUGGUCAAAACUUACAACCAAAUACGACGAAGUCCGGGGCACUAUGGAAAUGUCGAGUCAGCCCGUCCCCAGAAGACUGCGAGCAAAUCGUCACAGAUGGAAAAAGAACGAAGUACGGCAAGAUAAACACGAGUCUUGAUUCUUCCCAUCUGACUGGGCCCCAUUCUGACGAGAUCAAGGACGGUCAGUGGCUAGGAGUUUCUGUUCGAAGCCAGGGCGCUGGGAAGAAAGCUGUUGUAUGUGCUCACAGAUAUAUCCGCAAAUCUGGGGAGUCGCAAUUUGGCCAAGGACUUUGCUACACGCUAGGUAACGACCUCCAGUUGAUCGACGUGUGGGAGCCAUGCCGAGGUCGUUCCGUGCAAAGAGAACACGAAGAAUUUGGAUUCUGUCAAGUUGGUACGAGUAGUUCACUCCUCGAAGAUGAUACGCUAGUCCUUGGAAGCCCUGGACCGUACACUUGGAGAGGAACUAUUUUUACCCAGGACACGAAAGAUGAUCUUUUAGAACGAGACCACGUUGUUUAUAUGGCCCCAGUGGAAGACGGCGCUAGUCCGGUUGAAAAAUAUAGCUACCUAGGUAUGUCAGUAUCGGGAGCAAGUUUCUUUGGACCCAAACCCUCGUACGCUGCGGGAGCACCACGAGCUCAUGGAACGGGACAAGUGGUGUUAUUCAGCAAACGCGUUAUCGACGACUGGACCCGAACUGACGUCGACAUCCUUAACUUCACCCUUGUGCUCGGCGGUGAACAGUUCGGCUCUAGUUUUGGAUACGAAGUUGCUGCAGCUGACGUCAAUGGCGAUGGGUUACCAGAUCUUUUAGUUGGUGCACCAUUUUACUUCUCCAAAGAUAUCGGGGGCGCUGUUUAUUUAUAUCUUAACAAAAACCACAAUUUACCUCAAGCUUACAGUAUAAGAUUGACUGGCAAGUCAGAAUCACAAUUUGGUAUCGCAAUUGCAAAUACGGGCGAUUUAAACAAAGAUGGUUGCGAAGAUGUGGCAAUCGGAAGUCCUUACGAAGACAAUGGUGUAGUAUAUAUCCAUAUGGGCGAUAGGAAGAAUGGUCUUAAAACAAAACCAGAUCAAAUUAUAAAAGCAGAGUCUUUGCCAAGAGUUAUUAAGACAUUUGGCUAUUCUCUUUCCGGUGGAAUGGAUCUCGAUGCUAAUGGAUACCCAGAUUUACUAGUCGGUGCUUAUGAAAAUAGUAGCGUCGCACUUAUUCGAACGAAACCUAUAAUCGACAUUAAAACAUCGAUUCGUCUAACUGAGGGCACUAUUAACAUAGACCCAACGAAACAAGGAUGUCAGACCGAUCCUUCUUCGACUUACACUUGCUUCCAUUUCCAAGCAUGCUGUAUUAUCGAAUCUGUUGUCGCAUCCACCCAAACCAACAGUCAUGAAAUCAACUACGUUAUAGAAGCCGAAACAUUUCCCGGUGGAAGAAAAUACUCCAGAGUUUUCUUUGAUUCAGAAAAAUCUAAUAUUGUUAAUAAGAGAAUUCAUAUUCGCAAAAAUGUUGAAGAUUGUAGAGAACACACUGUUUAUUUGAAGAAUAAUACCAGAGACAUACAGACGCCUAUAAAGUUCCAAGUGACCUACAAAAUAGUGCAAGUUCAGCCACAGUACUCCACGACAGGCGACCUGCCCAGGAUAGACGACUACCCAGUACUGAAUGCCACUGCUCGGACAGCGUUCAGCGCUAACUUCUUGAACGAUUGCGGUCUCGACGGUGUCUGUGUCAGCGAUUUGAUUGUUCAUCCAGUAUUGCAGCUAGAAAAAACCAAAGAUGGUAAAGCAUACGCACUGACCUUGGGUCAAGAAGAAGAAAUAAAACUCGCCAUAUCAGUGGACAACUACGGAGAGUCUGCGUAUGAAGCUCAACUUUUUGUACAACACCACGCUAGUCUACAUUACAUUGCUGCAAAUAUUACAGGUAAGCAGAUGAUAUGCACAAGUGUGAACAAAACAACAGUAUCCUGUCAACUUGAGAAUCCUUUCAAACGACAGCCAGCCGGCAGUCCGCCAGUCACGCUGCGAUUUGACGCCAGAGCAUUGGAAGACAAUGAACCAUCAGUCAUUUUCACUGUCUGGGCGAACUCCACGUCUAAAGAAAAACGUCCGGGAAAGAAACCUGAACAAGUAGAAGCACUCGUGAUAAAGAAUGCCGAAUUAUUGAUCAAAGGUGCGGCGCGACCCGAGCAAGUGUUCUACGGAGGCGAGGUGAAGGGAGAAUCUGCCAUGACUUACUUCGAUGAUAUCGGCACUCGAGUAAUCCACACGUAUCAGGUGUUUAACGAGGGGCCUUGGCGAGUGUCUUCUGUUCAAGUGGUGAUAUCCUGGCCUCACCAGGUGGCAUCCGAAAAUGCUCAAGGGAAAUGGUUACUUUAUCCAGAAGACGUGCCAACAGUCGAUGGGGAAGCAGAUCAAAGAAAUGGAGAGUGUUUUAUUUCUGAGAGCGAAAUUAAUCCACUAAAAUUAACAACGCGGUCAGGCUCUCCAGAGCCUUACCUUGAAAAUCUUGAAAUGGAUCCAUUCUUAAGUACUGGAAAACUCAGCGUUAGCUCAAGUGAAAAGGAACAUAACUCUUCAAGAAUAACGAAUCAUAUAGUUGGAUAUAGCAGUAGUGUCGAGAACAAAGUUAGGCGUAAGAGAGAAGACGAUAUUAUAAAAGCUGAAGCCUAUACCGAUAAGGAUGGACAUCGAAAACAUGUCGUCAAUAUGAACUGUCAAAAGAAAACUGCCAAGUGCAUUCAGUUUCAAUGCGUGAUCUACCGGCUGGGCCGCAUGCAGGCCACCACGAUCACGGUGAAGGCGCGUCUCUGGAACUCCACAUUGGUCGAGGACUACCCGCGUGUCAGCCACGUCAACAUCGCCUCCACAGCCUUUAUACACAUACCUGAACAUUACAAUAUACACCAGAAGGACCAUGAGGAUGAUUCUUUUACGGUGGAGACAGUUGCGUAUCCAGAUUUGAAAAUCAGUGAACCUUCAGAAGUGCCAUUAUGGGUGAUAAUAGUUUCUAUAAUAGUAGGACUAAUAGUUCUUAUUUUGCUCAUAAUCGCUUUAUGGAAGUUAGGCUUCUUCAAGAGAAGUCGACCUGAUCCGACUCUGUCGGGCAAUUUAGAAAAGAAUAACCACGAGUCCAGUCCGUUCAUCGGGAGAGAGAGAAACAGUAUUCGAUAGCUGAGGGCCUGCAUUUCCAUUUUACAUGGAACUUACGGAAAUGACGUUGAAACUCCAAAAUUGUUGGAACUUUGUACAUAGAAACGAACUGUUGUAGAAUGAUUUGGUACAUAGGAGAUGGUAUUGAAUAAGUAUAAUUUAAAAUAUCAUUUGACUGUGAUGUCUUCGUAGAGGAAAUAUUGUAUCUAAGUACGUUAAAGUAGCCGUGGUGCAUACAAACGACUGUGCAGUGGCAUGUAUAACUUGUAAUUAAUUGUGUAACUCCGAUCACCUUUCGAUGAUUACGAUCGAAAAAUAAUCGGAGUUAUACAAUUUACAUGAAGACGGGUUAGCUGGUGACUGCGCUCUUUCGAUCAUCACAUCAGUGUGUUGCAACUUACGACACACCACGACACAGUAGUCUGUAUGCACCUUUAUGUUUUGUUGAUGUUAUGUACGAGUCCCUAAUGUGAAUGGUUAUUGUAAUAAUUGUUUUUAUUUGCAUUUCUGUAGUGAGUAUUAUGAAUAAAGUUUUAUGAUUGUUUUAUAUAUUCGAUGAAUAUGUGCUAUACUGUAAAUAUGUACUUGCCUUUAUUAUUUAUGAAGUUUUAGUAUAAGAAUUGUUAUAUUAUCUUAUUUACAUUGAGGCUUUUAAAUAAUCGUCUAUGAUGAAAAUACAAAAAUAUUUAAUGUUGACGUAAUCAUAUCGUUUAAUGGUGAUAUUUAAAAGCCUUGUUGUAAUUAAGAUAUAUAAUGACUAGAUUUUUUACUAGUCAGUAAAUAAUAUGACCUAUGUUAGAGGUCCGUAGAUUUGGAUAGCGUCUACUUAAAUUCUUAUUAUUAAGCAUAAAAAACACUUAGAACUGACCUACUUAAAAUUAAAAGGUAAACUUUUCUGUACUUAAAAGUGCUUGAAUUCUAAUUAUUAUUAAACUUUCAAUGGGUAAUUUAAAUAGUGAUAAUCCCAUUUGAUAAAUGGAAUAAAUAAAUAAUUAUUAUGAUCCAUGUAACAAAUAUUUUUAAAUUGUAACUAGGUUUGUUAUUUGUUAAGAAGUGUACAUAAAGUAGUAUUUAUAUUAGAUUUUUUACUAAAAUUUAUAUAAAAACUCGAGCAUCGAAACAUAAUACAUGUUUUAUACUUACCUACCUUAUAAAACAUAGGUAAUUAUAGGUAAGUACCUACUUAUUCAUAAAAAAAUUAGUAAAAUAUUAAUAGCGUCAACGCUAAUUCUGUUGAAAAUAUUACUAUUCUUUUCACGAUAAUAUAUUCUAAAGUUUACCUAACGUGAUUUAACUUUUUAACUUUUAGUUUAUCUCAGAAUUGAUUCUUAUGAUUUUUUUGUUAAAUCUAUUCUGUCAAAUUGUACUUCAUGUAAGUAAUGUAAUUAAAUUAUCCACCUUACCUAUUAUAAUUUUCCUGGUUGUGAUUAUUUCCGAUAGUUUUUCAUAAAACACCUUCCUAACAAUACUUAGUUUACAAUGGAAAUUAUGAAUUAAUAAAUGGUGCCAUUUU